UCCACUCCGGCCGCUGCGCGCUCUACUCUCGGCUCCCAGCCGGAACCCUGCGCCAGGAACCAGGAAGCGCCCGGCGGCUGGCGCGGGGAGGUCGGGAUGGCAGGGCCAGGUUGGGGUCCCCCGCGGCUGGACGGCUUCAUCCUCACCGAGCGCCUGGGCAGUGGCACGUACGCGACGGUGUACAAGGCCUACGCCAAGAAGGACACUCGUGAGGUGGUAGCCAUAAAGUGUGUGGCCAAGAAGAGUCUGAACAAGGCAUCUGUGGAAAACCUUCUGACAGAGAUUGAGAUCCUCAAGGGCAUUCGACACCCACACAUCGUGCAGCUGAAGGACUUCCAGUGGGACAGUGACAACAUCUACCUCAUCAUGGAGUUCUGUGCAGGAGGUGACCUCUCUCGCUUCAUCCAUACCCGCAGGAUUCUGCCUGAGAAGGUGGCUCGGGUCUUCAUGCAGCAGUUGGCUAGUGCCCUGCAGUUCCUACAUGAACGGAACAUCUCUCACCUGGAUCUAAAGCCACAGAACAUUCUGCUGAGCUCCUUGGAGAAGCCUCACCUUAAAUUGGCAGACUUUGGUUUUGCCCAGCACAUGUCCCCCUGGGAUGAGAAGCAUGUGCUCCGUGGCUCCCCGCUCUACAUGGCUCCCGAGAUGGUGUGUCAGCGACAAUACGAUGCCCGUGUGGACCUCUGGUCUGUGGGGGUCAUCCUGUACGAAGCCCUCUUCGGGCAGCCCCCCUUUGCCUCCAGGUCGUUCUCGGAGCUGGAAGAGAAGAUCCGGAGCAACCGGGUUAUUGAGCUCCCCCUGCGACCCCUGCUCUCCCAGGACUGCCGGGACCUGCUGCAGCGGCUCCUGGAGCGGGACCCCAACCGCCGCAUCUCCUUCCAGGAUUUCUUUGCCCACCCCUGGGUGGACCUGGAGCACAUGCCCAGCGGGGAGAGCCUGGCACGAGCAACCGCCCUGGUGGUGCAGGCUGUGCAGAAGGACCAGCAGGGGGACGCCGCGGCCGCCUUAUCUCUCUACUGCAAGGCUCUGGACUUCUUCGUGCCUGCCCUACACUAUGAGGUGGAUGCCCAGCGGAAGGAGGCAAUUAAGGCAAAGGUGGGCCAGUACGUGUCCCGGGCUGAGGAGCUCAAGGCCAUCGUCUCCUCCUCCAAUCGGGCCCUGUUGAGGCAGGAAACCUCUGCCCGAGACCUGCUUAAAGAGAUGGCCCGGGACAAGCCCCGCCUCCUAGCUGCUCUGGAAGUGGCUUCAGCUGCCAUGGCCAAGGCAGAAGAGGCUGGUGGGGAGCAGGACGCCCUGGUUCUGUACCAGCACAGCCUGGGGGAGCUGCUGCUGCUGCUGGCAGCGGAGCCCCCAGGCCGGAGGCGGGAGUUGCUUCACACUGAGGUUCAGAACCUCAUGGCUCGAGCUGAAUACCUGAAGGAGCAAGUCAAGAUGAGGGAGUCUCGCUGGGAAGCUGAGACCCUGGACAAAGAGGGGCUGUUGGAGUCUGUUCGUAGCUCUUGCACUCUGCAGUGACCCUGAAGGAUGAUUGGACAGGUCACUGGGAGUUGGGGACGCACUCACCCCUACUGUGGCCCUCUGCAGCCCUGCAGAGCAGGCUUCCUGGAUGGGCGACUCUGAGACCUCCCCACACCCCAGAUCCCUAGCACCCCUUGGGAGACUCUUUACUGGCUAGAGGGUCUGAUAGCCCACGGAGUGCGCUGGGAGCGCUGGGCCUUGGCCCAGGGGAAGAGGAGCAGGACUCUGGGAGAAGAGUAUUUCUUUCACGUGACUUUUGUUAUUUGGUGGUUGCUGUGCCCUGAACCUCUUGGUUUCUGUUUUUGCUCUGAGCAGAGGGCACGGGGCAGCCUCUGCCCUGUGGCCACCCCUGUCCUUCCUGAGAGCCCUUAUUGCAGCUCACCUCCCUCCUUGCACUGGAACAGGGCCCAAGACCCCUCAGGGACCACCCACCCCACAUACGCACUCAGCCCCGCAAAACUCACCAGUCUUCCUGGAAACUGACCCCUGCCCACUUUCUCAAUAUUUUAAGGUACUCCUUCAUGCAUGAAAAUAAUAUCCUCUGUAGAAGUGGAGCAAAUAUGAGAAACCCAUGCCUUGUUCUUGCCCUGGCCCAGGGGGUACAAGGGGAGGGGUCCUCAGUCCUCAUCCUUCCCACCUCCAUCCCUCUUUGGGGAACGCCCCUACUGGCCCCAGAGCUGGUCCUGGCCUGGGAGAGAGAGGCAUGGGGACUUCCUGGCCCAUCAAGCUGUGGGGGACCCAGUGAUCCAGGGUAGCUGGUUCUAAGUCUGACACUGCCACUAUUCCAGCGUGUGACCCUGGACAGGCUCCUUCCCCUUUCUGGGCCUGACCCCAUCUCUCCAGUAGGUCUGCCAGUAUCUUCCUAGGAUCCCACAUGGGCUUUUAGGAAAACAAAGUGACUUUAAUCUGGAAAGAACAUGCAUACCCAUAGUUACUUGGAGGUUUCUUUUCUAAAAAAUCAGAGAAGGUGUUAGUGGUUUCUAACCCCACUGCCCUUAAAUGCCUCCUUUCUUUAGGAGAGUGUCUGCUUUCCCUCUAGGAGGCUGGGUGUAAAGAAUGUAAUUCUAUUCUGUUUUUCUAUUAAAUUAUUUUCUGAA